AUGGCUCUAAGGGUCCUCACACAGAAACAUGGGACAAACCACCAAGCUGGCAGCCUUCCUUUCCUGCCUCCUGGACCCUAUCACCAGUGGAUGGCUGAGUACAAACAGUCGGUAGCUGCUACUGCCGUAUUAACUAAAGGAAACAGAAAACUCACCUCUAGAGGAAGGCUGACUGUGCAUAUAAAAACAGGAUAUGGGGAUACAAAUGCCUGGUUAAAAUGGAUAAAAUAUUCUGUGGACACACUACACAAAGGCAGCUGUUACGCUUGUGCCACAGGGAGACUGGAGGCCCAAGUGGUUCCCUUUCCUCUGGGAUGGUCAUCAGACCCACAGGGUCUUGAAUGUGCGAAGGCCCUCCUCCAGGACAAAACAGCUUGAAAUGAUGAGUCCAGUCAUUUGUCACUGCUAUUCUCUGAGGUCAAAAGUUCUGCGGGUCAGCUCCUGAGAACUGUUCAGCAGCCAAAUGAAAAUCAACUCUCCUCAUGUCUAAAAUGACAAGAGGCAAAGGCAACUUUCUUAGGCAACCUGACCAGGUGCAGUGAAAGCCAGUCCUUGCCCCAAGCAGAUGUCUGGUGGUAUUGUGGGAGUCCACUAAUGGAUAUCCUUCCAAAAAAUCAAAGCAACUCCUGUACUUUUGUGCAAUUUUUAAUCCUUUUCAUCCUGGCAUUUAGGCCCUAAUCUCAAACUCAGCCAAUCCUGAGGAUGAGACAUCACCCCCCUGGGUGGCAGGGGUCCUUUGACCCCCAUGUCUGUGUUAACUCAAUAAGUGUUCAAAAAUUUAAGACAAGAAAUCAGGUAGCUGCUAGGUUUGAAUCUGCUCUCUUUUGGUGGUCAACCAUGAACAAAAAUGUUGAUUGGAUAAACUGCAUCUAUUACAAUCAACAAAGAUUCAUUAAUUACACUAGAGAUGCCAUUAAAGAAAUAGCUGAACAGCUAGAGCCAACUAGUCAAGUGGCAUGGGAAAAUAGACUUGCUUUAGAGAUGAUGCUGGCAGAAAAGGGUGGAGUCUGUGUAAUGACAGAUAUCCAGUGCUGUACAUUCAUUCCCAACAUCGCCGCCCCAGACAGCACCAUCACCAAGACCCUACAUGGAUUAAUAACCUUAGCAGAUGAACUUUCAGAGAAUUCUGGUGUUAAUGACCCCUUCACAGACCUUUUAGAAAAUUGGUUUUAAAAAAAAUGGAAGGGACUAAUAGCUUCAAUCUGUACCCCUCAAAUUGCUGUAGUUAGUGUCUGUGUCUUAGCUGCAUGUUGUAUAAUUCCUUGUGCCAGAGGACUUAUUCAAAAAUUAAUAGAAAUUGCCCUAACAAAGCAACUGGGAUGCCCUCCUCACCAAGCCAAUACACUCCAGCUGAACACAGUAGAACAUGAGAGCCAAAACCAUGCUCAAAGAGUUUGA